CCAGCCUUCACGUGACGCCGGAAGCCCCUCCCACUCCAAGAUGGCGGCCCCCAUGGCACCCCGCGCUUUUCGGGCCCUCCGGUUCCACACGGGAGGUCGGGCCCGGUGUCACGGGGGGGUCACCACUUCCGGUUCCGCUGUUGACCCCCGGGAUGACCCGGAAAUGAUCCGGUUAAAGGGUCGGGAACAGAAAGAGCGGAGGUUGAGGUUAAAGAGGGAGAAAGAGGCCUUGAAGGGGGCCAGGCCUGAGGAGGCGGAUGCAGGGCUGGACUGUGCUGUGGGUGCCGGGCACUGACCAUGCAGGGAUUGCUACACAGGCCGUGGUUGAAAGGUGGUUAUGGCAACAAAAGGGGGUGAGACGUCAGGAUCUGACUCGCUCUGAGUUCAUGGAUGAGGUGUGGGCCUGGAAGGAGAGACACGGUGCCGACAUCCUGCUCCAGCUCCGUUCCCUCGGGGCCUCGUUGGACUGGACCCGCUGUGCCUUCACUAUGGACCCUGUGAGCCCCACUGUCACCCCACGGUUUCUCCCCGUGCUGUGGAUGAGCCGAGGCCUUGUGUGCGGCCUGCAUCGUUGUGGGUUGGUGCAUCGUGAUACGAGACUGGUCAACUGGUCGUGUGCCCUACAGUCUGCUGUGGCCGACAUAGAGGUGUCCCCCCGCCCCAUACCCGGCCCCACGUCGCUGCGUGUCCCCGGCUGCCCCCACCCCGUCACCUUCGGUGUCAUGGUCACCUUCGCUUACCCCGUGGAGGGGGAUGACGGGCUGGAGCUGCCCGUAUCCACCACCCGCCCCGAAACCAUGUUGGGGGACGUGGCCGUGGCCGUUUCACCCCACAGACCCACGUACCAGUGUGGGCGGUUGGGCUUUAUGGUCACGGCUUAUGAGUCAGCUUAUGGGCUAUGUUUGGCGGCUUAUUGGGCUUAUGGGGGCUUAUGGCCCGUCAGGGCUUACUGGCACCGGGCUUAUGGUGCUUAUGGUGUCUUAUGGGGCAUGUCGAAGGACCCCGCGCUCACCAGCCCCCCCGACCUGGCUCUGGCUCGAUCCCAUUCGCUGCCGCUGCUCAACGUUAUUGGGGACGAUGGAACCAUGAGACCCCCCGGGGGGAAGGGGCUGGGCGUCCAUCGCUUUAUGGCCAGGGAUCAGGUGGUGGCAGCUCUGGCCCAACGCGGCCUCUCAUACCGCUCUGGGGACGUCAUUGAGUUCCUAUUGAAGAGCAAUGGUUCCUGCGCGUGCAGGGAGAUGGUGCUGUUGCACUCGCUGGUGCGCGACUCAAUGGGGAGGAAGAUGAGCAAAUCAAUAGGGAACGUCAUUGACCCACGGGAUGUUAUAGGGGGGGCAACGCUACAGGAGCUACAGGAGAAGCUGCGUCGCACUGUUCUGGACCCACAUGAGCUGAAAGUGGCCUCAGUGGGGCAGAAGCGCCAGUUCCCCCAUGGCAUCCCCGAAUGCGGCACCGACGCUCUCCGCUUGGCCCUAUGCUCCCACAACGCCCACGGUGACGACAUCAAGCUGGACGUGGCGGCCAUCUUGAAACAGCGCCAUUUCUGCAAUAAAGUCUGGAACGCCGUCAAGUUCGUCCUCACUUUCCGGCCCCAUUUCAACCCCAAACCCCCCCACGAGGUCACCCCAUCCACCCCAAUGGACCGCUGGGUGUUGAGUCGCUUGGCGGGAGCCGUGGUGGAUUAUGGGAAGAAGAUGGAGGCUCUGGAGGUUCAUGGCGCAAUGGCGGCCAUGCAGAACUUCUGGCUCCGGUCCUUCUGCGACGUCUAUUUGGAAUCCAUCAAACCUUCACUCCGUCGCCCCGAUCCGGACCCCACCACCCUCCAGACCCUCCUGACCUGCACCGAGUUGGGUCUUCGCCUCCUGGCUCCCUUCGCCCCCUUCUUGGCUGAAGAACUUUGGCACCGUCUCCCCCGGGACCCCCCGGGACCCCCAACCCUCUGCCUGGCUCCGUUCCCCUCGGCCGCCAUGUUGGCCCAUUGGAUCUGCCCGGAAGUGGAGGAGGAAGUGGAGGCCAUGAGGGAGGUGGUGAGGACUGUGAGGGCUCUAAGGGAUGUGUUUCGACUCGGUGCUGCCAGGCCGCGGGUGUUGGUGCAGUGCCCGGCAGCGCUGGAGGCCGCCAUGUUGGCUCUGUCCCCCACCAUCCAGACCCUGUCACAGGCCGCGACCAUAGAGAUCUGCCCACGGGGGGCGGGACAGGAAGUGAGGCCUGGUUGGAUCAGGGCAACAACGGGAACCGGGACUCACGUCUAUGUCUGUGUGCAGGGCCUGGUGGACCCCGACAUUGAACGGACCCGGCUCCAGACCCAAAUCCUCACCCUCCAACGCCGCCUCCGUGCCCUGCCCCCCCCCCAGCAGAGCCAGGUCUGCAGCCUCCGCUCUGAGCUCGCCCUCCUCAAUAUGGCAUUGGAAGCAUUGGGACCCCCCCCCCAUAUGGAAAUAAUGGGGGACCCCCCCCAUAAGGAAAUAAUGGGACCCCCCCAUGAUGAAGAACCCCAAUAAAACCCUAUGGGAAAAGC